AGCACAGAGAGGGACAGUGAGAAAGGAGAAAGUGUGUGAGGAAGAGUGUGUGACUGAGGGAAUGUAAGGAGAUGAGAGUUAACAUUUGAGUGGAGCACAUGGUGUGUUUGACUCACAUGGCCACAUGGAUUCACAGUGUUGUACAGCGACAGAAACAAACCGAGCAUAUCUGGAUGAUUGAUCCAAGAAGAUUCUGGAUUGGACCAUUUCAGCUGGCAGGUUGGACUGGACCAUUUAGCAGCUAUUUCCCAGUAGAUUUCACUCGACUGACAACUGCAACAUAAACAUCCAGGACUUCCAGGAUCUACAAGUUUUAGUACUGGAGAGGAUAACUUCAGUGCACAGUACUGAGUCUGGAUAUUUGUGAUUAAUGAGUCAUUGUGAUCUCUCAGCAGAAAGGUGAGUGUGCGUGCCUGCCUGGCCAGCUUGAGCUCUUACAGAAGAUCUCAGAGGGUGAUUUCCUCUGUGUUUGUCAUGCUUUACGUCUUUGAAACGCUCUGAUUCAUCAACACAGAAAUAGAGCAUCAGAAAGUCCCCACCAAGUCUGUAAAAAGAAGGGAGGUCAACCCUGUAGGGAUGGGGACAGAAUAAUGCACCCAAAACCCAGAGCCCAUCCACGCACAUAAGGCACCAACAGCACCUUAAAACACCUGAGCAUCUGGAUAAACUGCAACACAUUCAUCAAGAACACGGGAAGUUACAAGACGCUGGAAUAAAAAAGACUUGACAGGUUGGAUUUGAUCUUUGGAUGUCACGAUCUUUUACACCAGGAGGGCUCUUACUUCUUGGUUUGUGGGACUGGCUUGGACUUGGGCUAAACCUUUAAACUGUUUGAACUUUAUAUCAUCCUCGGUUGUGCUACCACUGGACAUCCAGAGGGUCCUGACGGCUUUACCCUUUAGACUAUAGAGCCUCUUUCCUGCUGAAUAAAAAAACCUACUAACACCCGCUCACAUAUGGCUUUUGUAUCAAAAUGGGAAAGGUUACAAUCGGCAUUCACAAAUGAGUCUUCCAUCUAAUCUUUGCCCCUGUUAUGGCGACAUGCAAUGAGGGGCUGACACAAAAUACAGUCCAUCUCCACCCCAGCAGCACUCGAACAUCGAUCCAAAUUUAGUCCGCACCAAGUUUGAAAGAGAGACUGAAUAUGUGUGAAAUUUUCAUUGGUGUCAAUACUGCUUUCUGGAGUUUUCCAAACCUGUUUUCCAGCCUUCCUGUGAUGUUGACACGCCGGUAAAAAGAAACAGAAAGAAACACACAGUGUACACGGCUCUAGUCUACUGGCAAAGGGAAAGGAGUCUAACACCUACUAAUUUUGUUGGCAAAGGAGUGUUAGAUAUUUAUCUCUCCUACACUCUCCCAGUUAUGGAUACACAGGGUGGUCCAUACCUCAACAAGAGGGCCCUCUGCUCACCUCUGGGUGCUGCCCGCCUCUGUCAGCUGGCCAUGGGCUGUGCUGUGAUUGCGAUGGUGACCCACAGUGCCGGCUACAGCGGUUCACAAGGCGUGUUCUGUAUGGCGGCCUGGUGCUUCUGCUUCACCAUGACGGUUGUAGUGUUCUUCCUGGACGCCACUCGUCUCCACAGCUGCCUGAGGAUAUCCUGGGACAACCUCACCGUCACAUGUGCUGCCUUCGCAACACUCAUGUACGUGACCGCCUCUGUGGUCUACCCGCUCUUCUUUGUCCGAUCUGAGUGCCCCUAUGCCGGUUGCGAUGUCCGAAACUUCCGCAUCGCUGUGACUGUCUGCUCCAUCCUGGGUACUCUGGCCUACGGGGCUGAGGUGGCCUUGUGCCGAGCCAGGCCAGGCCAAGUUGUAGUGGGCUACAUGUCCACUGUCUCUGGCCUCCUCAAAGUCGUUCAGGGCUUUGUGGCCUGCAUCAUCUUUGGAGCUCUGGCCAAUGGGAGCGAGUAUAACCGUUAUGCCGCCACAAUAUUCUGCGUUGCCGUCUACGCUUUCUGCUUUGCUGUGACUGCAGUGGUGGUCUUCAUAACUGUGUGUGGACGUACAAAGGCUGUGCGCUGCAUGCCCUUUGACCGCUUCGUGGUGGUGUGCACCCUCCUGGAAGUUCUGCUCUACCUGAGUGCAUCAGUGGUAUGGCCAGUGUUCUGCUUUGACACAAAAUACGGCUCUCCAUGGAGACCGUCAUCGUGCCCUCAGGGGAAGUGUCCAUGGGACAGCAAGGUUGUGGUGACAGUGUUCUCCUUUGUCAACUUUGGACUGUAUUUGGCAGACCUGAUUUACUCCCAGAGGCUACAAUUUGUCUCCUCGCGUGUGCCCACUAACUCACGAGUGUAGCAGCAUAUAGAAGCAUAUUAUUAUAAUAAUGGCUUAACAGGUUUAAGUUAUUAAUCUACUUCACUGUUCAUGAUUUUGUUCAUGCAUUUAUUUGAUAUUUAAAGUGACAGGAAACACUGAUGUGGAGAGAUGGUUGUGAGUCAGAUAUCCCAGGUGCCCAGGCACCCCAAAUUCAAUGUGAAAGCACUGUGGAAUGUGAACAAUUUUAACACUCUGUCCCCUCUGCCACACCCCACUGAGGUGACACCCCAUCUCUUUAACUCACCCUUUCUGCCCUCUGAUAGAUUUUGGGAGAACAGCCAGCCUCACCCAAGCAGCCAGGGCCCAUUGGUAUGUCCUGCCAAUUCCUGAUAAACCAAGACACUCACACUAUUCUUGACCUACAGCACGACACACUCACACAGACACACACACACUCACAUACUCGCUGCUUAUAUUGCUGCUCAAAUAAUACAUAAAGUCUUGUAUAUAAAUAGUAAAUCUGGCAUUGGCAUCUGUGGCAUCCCUGUCAUCUGCAAGCCCCUCACCAGCGAUCUACGGACAUUACCCUGGCUGCCAAAAAUAAACACGAGCUGUCUGUGCUCAUAUUAAAGCAGUGAGACAGCAUUUAUAAGAGGCUGUAGUCUUUAAAGCUCUCUAUGAAAUGCUUCCUUCAGUCUAUGAUAAAAAAAAAAGUAGAGCCCAUUUCCCAAAGUCCAAUGUUAAGAUGACCUGCAGUUUGAUUACCACGUUAUUCAUAAUUGCGCAAUCUGAACAUGUGUCAGUGUGACCGAGGAAUGUUUGCACAUUAACACAGAGGAUGAAAAGUGACCUAACAUGUUCUAAACAGCAGGUCAAAUGCAAAAAACGAACAAACAUCUAUUUCCAUUUUACUACAGAUACACUGGCAGGAACAAAUGAUUACUGUGGUUAGAUUUCCUAAUAAUAUAAAACUACUCAGAGAUAGUUUGACAUAAACUUAAAGCUAAUCAAGAUUUUUAUAUUCACAAUACAUCAAAUGAUUCUUUAUAGAUGAGAGGUUUCGCUAAUAGUGACAAACAUACAGAUACUAGUUUUUACCAACUCAGCUCUACAGAGCAUUUUAGCAUCUUUCAGCUCCUUGUUUUGGUUUUACAGCCUGUAACUUUAUUGUUUUGAUUCACUCUUCCUGCUCUCAUGGCGUUGUUUUCAGCCACAUUGGGCAGCAGCGUGAUAAAGCUCUAAAAACUUACUGUGUUCUGUCAAGCACCAGACAGAACACAGACACCGUUAGCAGCUAGUAGAUAAACACAGUGGAGCAUUUAGCAGCUAAAGCGACAUACUGUAUAUUUCCUUAAGGAAUGGGUGGAGACCAAAAACAGAGCUAAAAGAGAGUGAAUAUUGAACUAAGAGUGGUCUGUUGAUCAGAAACACAACUCCAAAUGAAUGCAUAUAUUGCUCCUUAUCUGCUGGACGUGCAAAUAGGCAACUGUUUGCUAAAACGUUCGCACAGCCUGUUCCCAUUUCCAACUCAUCAAAUACUGCCGCUUUGUCAGCGAUAGCGGCAUCAUAUACCAAAGCACAGAGGCACCUUUCGCGGCAGUAUGAUAUGCAGCAAGCACCACCAAACUCGUCACAUGCCACUGCUUUGUCAGUGGAUGCCAGGUGCUGAGGGGGUCAAACAAACUCUUGUGUUUCACCCUGGAGGCUUCUGUUUGUUUCCCUUGUAAUACCAAAUGUCAAUGUAGUUAUUUUGUCAAUAACAAAGUAGUGUGCUAGUAUGUUAAGCAUGUUACAGUAGUGAUGAAUGUCACAUGAUAUGUCACGUGACAUUGCAUUACAUAGGUAACAACCAUGAUGUAUUUUUUAAGGAAAUAAACCUAAACCUUACCUAUGUUGUAAGUUUAUUUUGAAAACGCCUGUAUGCAUGUAACAAGCAGAAAAUUUAGAUGUCCUGUGAAAUCCAAAGUAUAUUUUGAAAAGAACACAAUGAAUGUAACAAGCGUAAAUUGACAUUCUGACCCAGAGCAUCCAAAACUGACGCAGGAGGGUAUGUAGUACGUAAUAUUUUGACAUUUAAGUCCUCUGACAAAGCAACAUUAUUUGAUGAGUUGGGAUGAGAACAUGUUGUUUGUAGGGCUGCCACUCACGAUUAUUUUCAUUGUCGACUAAUCUGUUGAUUAUUUCGUCGAUUAGUCGACUAAUCAUUUCAUCAAAAAAUGUGUUAAAAUGUUGAAAAAUGUCGGUCUGUCUCGCUCAAACCCCAAAAUUACAUCAUCUAAUGUCUUGUUUCGUACUCAUGCCAAAGGGUUUUAGUUCACUGUCACGGGAGAGUGUGUAAAGCUGCCAAUAUCUGAACAUAAGAAGCUGCAGUAAGAGUAUUUUGGGGUACUUUUAUAGUACUUUCUAUGAAAAAUGACUCAAACCGAUUAGUCGACUACUAAAAUAGUCGCCGAUUAUUUUAAUAGAUUCAUCGAUUAGUCGACUAAUCGUGGCAGCCCUAGUUGUUUGCCACAUCAACUUUAUAAUGUGAUAUGUCAAUGUUGUGUUUACAGCUUGUUGUGCUGCCCCCAAGUGGCCAAAUCAGUCAAUGCAUGUUUAGAUAUAACAAUGCAACCACAUAAAAUAAUUUUACAUGACAAAAUAAAGACCUACAGUCCAAAAGCCAUCUGUAAUACAGCUCUGUCUGUCUUUUGUCUUCGAUUUACACAUGUGUUUUUCAUCUAUUGUAACUCUAUGUAAUCACAUUGAUAAAACUCCUGAAUGUUCCAACAUUUUGGGGAGCUAUGUAACAUAAUGGAGACUUUGUUGCUUAGGCUAUGGCUUAAAAUAAUGAAUUAAGAUCAUUUGUGUUAUGCUCAAGUUUUAAGGGACAGUUCACACCCAAAUAUAAAAAUUGCCCACAUAUAUUUCCUCUUACCUGUAGUGCUAUUUAUCAAUCUAGAUUGUUGUCUACAGGUGAGAGAAAAAAUAUGUAUUUUUGAUUCUGGGGUGACUACUGUCCCUUUCAGAUCCCUUCAGUCUGAUGACAUUAAUAGUCUGUCUCUUUGUGUGUCAUUGCCACACAAGCAUUAUCCAAGUGAUGUAAGACUCCAUCUGCCUGCUCUAACACACAACUGUGUAAUCACCUCUUAAUGCCAGUCUCAGAUGAUCUUCAGGGUCUCCUGUUUGUGUACAGUGAAAGACAAUUAAUUCAGGGUUUAGUUCAUAACAUGUCCAGUAUGUGCUUCCUCCUGUGCUCUUGUCAUUUUUAUCAUCUCCUCUCGGUCACCUCCACUUGUACCACUUGUGAGCUCAUGACAUGAUUUUAAUGUCUAGUCCAUCUGAGAGCAUAACCCAACAGAUAUUUAUCAUACAUAAUCUCUAACUGGCAUUAAUUUGUUAGACAGUAUGAAUUUAUACCCCACUAUCCCUGCACUCUCUGGGGUAAAGGAGGAGCGACAGAGGCCGUUCUGGCUGCCACCUUCUCUGUCAGCACUUUUAUCUUCUUGUUUCACAGAAAUAAAACAGAAGAAGACGUCUCACUGCCACAACUCAGCCUCAGCAGUCUCUCCUUGUCCUCCUCCUUUUCUCUUGAUUACGCUUUCUCUCUCUCACUCUGACCCUGUCUGUCCAGAUUUGUACCCUCCCUCCUCCUCCUCCCAUUUCUCUCUCACACAUCAUACCAGUCUCCUCCUCUCCAUCCUCCACUCCUCUCUGCUUUGGUCACCUCAGUGAAUCUCAUCUCUCUAAUCCAGGAUCAAUGUAUUCCCCUGUCACAUCUGUGAGUGCUAUGGAUGUAUUAUAUUAAGUCCCUGGGAAGUCACUGUGCCACAGCGUACGUAGAGCACGACUGUCUUGGUGCUCAGCAGCAAAUCCAGCACCAGUUGGCUGCUCUUGUAUCCAAAUCUGUCUAAGACCACAGAAAACGUCACUGUGUGUCUUAGAGAUUUGCUACUUUAGACGCUGUGCCAACUCUUUUUAAAUUAGUACAUAAAUACAAGUGAGUAACAUGUACAUAUAGAAAGAGCAGACGAGCAGUGGAUUAUAAAGGGGUUUAUGUAAAGUGGUGCUAAUUUGUGCAGCAAUAAAUAUCUAUGUGUUGUUGAACUAACACUGUGUGUGUUUGUUGCUUUAGAAAGCGUUUUCAUCCUCCGAUAAAUCCUGCAGAAUUAUUUCUACAGACAGGC